AGUCCACUACAAGGUCUGCAGGUGGGCGGUACGGAAGUGAGGUUUGUUGAGGGCUUAGGUGGUUGUUGUACGCGCAAGCUGGGUCGAGCAGCAUGGCGGAAGAGGAGAGUGAUCAUGAAUCUGAGAGACUGAGAGAGGAACUGGAGAGUUCACUCGAACAUGGCGUGAGGGACGAAAACGGGCUGCCGAGCAAGUAUUACUGUUUCAAAUUCUGCCAGGUAGUUGAAGAGUAUGCAGGGAGAUGGCAGGUACCUUUGCCUCAGCUGCAGGUGUUCCAAAUUGCUCUCUGCUGCUUCACCAAAGGCACUGCCACCUUUCCAGCUGAAUGUGAGCAAAUACAGUAUGUUUUGAGUAGCCUGGCUUUGAGCUUCUUUGAGCUGCUGCUGUUCUUUGGCAAGGAUGAAUUCCUUGAGGAUCCUUUGAAAGAUAUUAUUGAGUCAUUUCAGGAAUGUUACACUACUUUAGAAAGAUACAAAAACGUGUACUUAAAGCUGGUGAAGCAAAUAAUUAAAGAAGGCGGUCCGUGGGAAAACCCAGUGUUGAAGGCAGUCCUCAAGGAAACUCCACAACCUCAGGAAACAGUGGACAUGUACUUGAACUCUGAAAUCCCAGCAUUUUUUGAAAUCAGAGUCCGAUAUUUGCUUGCUUGCGAGCGUAUUCAAGAAGCAGUGGCUCUCUCAAAGUGCUGCAUACCCCAUCCUGAAGUCGGCACAAACCUCUACUUCCAUCAGGCAUAUUUAACGUGCCUUUUCAAGGCAUCUUUACGUGACCAUCUUCACAAGGAGAUGGCCAGGAUCGACAGUAAGGAUGCUGUUGAAAUCAUCUGCAACGCUGAAAGAGAGGAGAAGGAUGAAGUGCUUUUGGGUCUGUGCAGAGCAUUCCUCAUUCAGCAGCUUGAGACUGGAAACAUGUACUAUAUCUGGGACCUUAUCUUCAUAUGGAGCAAGCUUCAGCUUCGAGCUAAUUCUUCCAAACAGGACUUCUUAGAAGAAUGCCAACAGCUUUUGUUGUCAGCAACGAAUGUUAAAAUGAUUUUUCCUUUCAUGAAGGCCAUUGAAACUGAACUUGGAGAUGAAGGAUUGCAGGUUUGUGUGCAACUGUGUGCUUGCACUCUGAAUAUGGACCACCACGAUGAUCCAAACACUAAAUCCCUGGUCUAUAAAAUCAUUGCCUAUCUUUUGCCAAAUGACUUGGAAGUUUGUCGAGCGUGUGCCCUUGCAGUUUUUUUUCUGGAACGCAGUGUGGAAGCUUAUAUCACAGUCUAUAAUCUUUAUACUUUUCCAGAUCAGGAGUAUCAUGUGGAUAACAAUUUGGUUAAAAAUCAAGUACGUUUUGAGUUACUCCAAAUCUUAAAAAAAGGAUUGUACUUUGACCCAGAGUUUUGGAGCCUUAUUAUGCUGAAGAAAAAAUGCAUGUCCCUAAUGGGUGACAAAGCAUUAUUGUUUGCCUUCAAUGAAACUGUAGAAGAGGAUGAGCUGCCUCUAGCGGACCCUAAUGUGCUGUACCCAAGAGUGUCACCGCCACACCGUGUCAAAGAGGACAAGUUGCUGAAACACUGUGUUAAAAAAGCAGAUCAAAAGUCAUCCAGACGAUGGGCAAGACGACUUGAUUUACCUGCAGAAGACAAUGUCAGAAAAGUUCAAAAGAAGUCGCGAAAACGUAGACUCAAAGAAACAGAUAAGAAAUCACUAAGACGCUCACUCAGACAGCUUGAUAUAAUUCAAGAAGGCCAAGCCAAGCAGCACGACAAGAAAACACAGAAACACACUGCCAAUCAACGUAUUAAAAAGUCGCAAAAGCAUCCUGUCAGACUGCAUCUUAUGACAGCAGUGGAGCCUGUCCAAAAAAUGGAAAAGUCGGCAAAACACCCUGUUGGACAACCUGAUAAAGCACAAGAGUCUGUAAAACAUCUGGAAAAUAAGUCUCCACAACACCAUGUCAAACAAAUGCAUACACCAGAAGUCUCCAUCAACCAAUUGAAUACAAAGUCACCAAAACAUCAGGAUGUGACUCCAGGAGAUUCCAUGAAACAGUCAGACAAGAGCGCACAAGGACCUGUUGAACAACCUGGUCAGAAGGCACCAGAAAAUCAUGUCGAGCAACUUCUUAAGAUAGCAGAACACCCUGUUCAGGAGCUGGAUGGAGCACCAGAAGUUUUAGUCAAAGAACUAGAUGAAAAGACAGUAGAGGAUCCCAUCAAACAGCUAGAUAAGAUGCCAGAUGACUCUGAGAAACCAACUAAUGUGGCACCUGAGUUAGCUGUCAUAGAACCAAAUGCAAAAUUAGAAGGCCCAGUGAUAGAAUCGGCCAGGAAUCCAGAAGGCCCUGUUCUAGAACUAAAUACAAAACUAGAACCUUUAAGGACACGAGAAGGAUCUGUCACUAAAUCGGAUACUAAACCAGAACUUUUCCUGAUGGAAACAAAGAGGGCACAAGAAGGCUUUGUCCUAAAUCUGAAUGUAAAACCGGAAAGUUCCCUUUUAGAACAGGAUAAGUUGCAAGAAUACGCUGUGGCAAAACAGAAAACAUCAGAAGAAUGCACUUUGACAGAAUCGAUUAGGUCUCAAGAAUGCACUAUUGAAGAACCGGAUAGGUUCCGAGAAUGCGCUGUGGCUGAACUGGAUAGGUUGCAAGAAUGCACUUUACCUGAACCGGAUAGGUUGCAAGAAUGUGCUAUGGCUGAACUGGAUAGGUCUCAAGAAUACUCUGUGGUUGAACCAGAUAGGUCUCAAGAAUGCAGUGUUGAAGAACCGGAUAAAUUACAAGAAUGUGCUGUGGCUGAACUGGAUAGGUCUCAAAAAUGCAGUAUUGAAGAACCAGAUAAGUCAAAAAAAUACACUGUGGAAGAACCUGAAAGGUCACAAGAAAGUGCUGUUAUAAUACCAGAUAAAACAGCAGAUGACCUUGUUAAACAGGAAGAAACUCUGUGUGCUGAACAACCUGCACUGCGUCUGCGGAAUCGACAGAAAGCCAUUAAAAAUGCCCAGAAAGACAAGUCUCAUCUUGAUUCACCCAAAACAGACCACAGUGUUCCAAAGACUCUCUGCAUAUUGUGCAACAGGGAAUUUCUUGGUGGACAUAUCAUAAGGCAUGCAUUGAUUCAUGUGCGUAAGGGUACAUAUUCAUGCGCGAUGUGUGGCCGAAAGUUUAAACAGCGGGUAUGCUUGCAAAAACAUCUGAAAGAUCAUAUGAAGAAAAUAAAACUAAAACACUCCACUGAUGGCCAACUGCCAAAUGCAUGCACUCACGUUGAAAAUGGAACUUCAGAGGACUUUGAACAUACCUUUUCUGAACUUGUACUACCAAAAAAUGAGCAUAAAAAUCAUAGGCAGUCAGUGGCUGCUGUUGAAAACUACAUAGAUAAACAAAAUAACAUUGUUUCUAAAAACCCAGACAGUAGUCCAAACAGCUGUUUGAGUAGUCCCCCACUAAACUCAAAUAACAAAAAUACAGAAGAUGCAAAAUCCAAUGAAGAUCUGUGUCUAGUUAAAAGAGCUAACGGAUCCGUCAUUAAGCAAAAGAAAUCUAGGCAAGAGAAAAGAAAAUUUAGUUGUCCUGCUCAGGGAUGUUCAAAGUCUUAUAAUGAAAGGUGGAUUGUCAUUAAACAUGCAAGAAAGGCACAUCCAGAAGACUUGAAAGUCCAGGAGCAUAUCAUGAAGUUACACAAAGGAAAGUGCCGGUACUGCCAAAGAGAAUUUAUGGAUUCUAACCAUUUCCUUGACCACCUCAACAGACACACAGACAGCAAGAAGUACUUUUGCCUGCAUUUAAACUGCAGUGAGCGGUUCAAGACAGCUGGUGAACUUCUGGCUCACAUAAAGAGCCACGCAGUGUUACAGGCACAGUGUACAGUUGAUGGCUGCUGUGAGAUUUUUUCUGAUCUCUCCUCACUUCACGAUCACGAGUGUCGGCAUUAUUCUGACAAAACAGUAAAAGGGGCCUCGGAGGAAACCUUGCCACCUGUCUUAGAAACUGUCUCUGAAACCACCUCAGAACCCAGCUCUCAUGUGCGUAAAAGUUCCCUGGUGAAAAAUAAAACAAAACCAGUCGAGGACCCAACUUGGAAGGUGCGAAAAGAGUCUGCAAAGACUUAUUUACAAUGUACAAUCAUGAAACCCAGUACAAAUCUAAACGAAAAAGUCUUGCCAGUGGCAAGCUCUGUAGACCAAACCGACAUAUUGGAAGAUAGAUGUUCUGCAUCUGUUUCAAGAGAGCAGCUCUUGAAUGGUCACAGCAAAGAGGAGAAGACCUCCAUACAAGAUCAAACUGGAAGCAAAGUGGAUGCGGUUGAGAAGAAACCUGAUCAACCAGAAAGCAAAGUGGAAGUAGAACAAAAGGAACCAGAUCAUCCAGAAACCCAAAUGAAUGUUACCCAAAUGAAUGUUACCCAAAAGACACCUGAACAUCAGUCUCCCCAUGUUGACAGUGCUCCAAAAGAUACCAGUCCCAUAUCCAAGGCACAAUCCAGAAAGGAGAAGACGUGCGGGGAAAAAACAACCCUCUAUGGUUGUGUCUCAAAUAGGCCAUUUGUCAGACCGCCACCUUCAGCCUACCUUGAUGAACAGUACAUUAGCAUGCCUAAACGGAGGAAAACAUUGUCUCCAAAGGCAGAAUCUAAAGCUACUAGACCAGAAAUGGUAGUGAGUAAAAGUGUUCAGAGGCACAGGUGUAGCAAAUGCUUCACUAUAUUCAGUGACUUGGAAACACUGAAGAGUCAUCUAGCACAAAACAAAUGUCAGACGCUAUUUGGAUUUGAUUCAGAUGAAGAAAGUGUCUGAUAGAGCCAUGCCUAGCCAAGACUGGAGAUGCUGUGCCCCAUAAUUAAUUAUUGGUUCAGAAUUGGCCUUUGAUCACAGAACUGUCUCAUAUUACAGGAGAUCUUUGUUUGUACUAUAACAAAAAGCGCACUUUUUCAAAUAACACACCACAGCAAGGAGAGCAGGGGAACUGCAAAAGACAUAUUUAAGAAAAAAAAACACACACACACAACCUUAGAGGUACCCAAGUUCUCUGUGUGCAGAUAGCCAAAUAAUAUUUUAAAUAUUAAAAGUAUUUAACUUUAGAUCCAUGUCCACUGUUUGACAUUUGUUAAAAUUUAAAUGGAAGCAAAUGGGAGAAAAGAUUAAUUUGAAAGCUUGACCCCAUCAGAUUAUUCUUUUUUUUUUGGGGGGGGGGGGGGGGGGAUAACCACCUGUAAAGUGCCUAGACCCAAUUGAUCAGGUGCUGCUGUAAAUUAUUGUAAUAGAUUGGAACCAAUUGGGAUGUAGCAGGAAUUGUGCUGACAUGCAGAAUGGGACUGCCUUGGAAAACAUCUGAUCUGGAAAGUCCUAUAGUAUGUACUGCUUGGGUUAAAUAACACUGUAGUGUUCUUUAUCUUUGCCUGUAGUCCUUUAGUCCUUGCUUUUAAUUAUACAAAAUGUAAUUGCCCCCGUCUUCGCUGCUUUCCAGGGCACUCAAAUUUGCUCAAACAAAAAAAAACAGGACUGUUGGUGGCGUGGGUUUCCGAUUGCUCAGUGAUCAGAAAUAUUGAGCGAUCACAGAAAUUAGCUGUUAAGGUUGGGAAACAAAACUAAUGUUUAUAUAUUGGACACAAAUCAUAUACACAGGAACAGCAGCGAACCCUUCUCUUUCAGUAAGAAAGAUAAUCAUCUUUACAGACUUCAAUUUAAUAUGAAUCAGCUGGCUUAUGUUUGAAAAACAAUGUUAAAUUAAAAAAAAAAUAAACACAUGGAUGAUGAGUAAUUUUAAAGGUAUAUUAAAACCUACUGUACAGUAUUAUGUCAAUGUGGUAAUUUGAGAGACUUGGAAGACUGAGGUUAAUGCGUUGGCAACUAAAACAUUACUGAAGCAUUGACACAUGUAUGCUGUAUUAACAAAUUAAUGUCUAAAAUGACCAGGUCUCUUUAGGAGUAAACUGGUGUGUUGUGUUUUUUUUGUUAAUUUAUAAUAGUGUGUAUAUGAACACAAAUGUCUACUGGUUUGACUGGUUCUCGUCUCCUCCUGCUUUAUAGCCAUAAUGUUUAAAGAAGGAAUUCCUGUAGAUUUAACAGGCAAGUACAAAUUUCUCCAAUUAAUUAAUUUAAUUAAUUAAUUAAUUAAUUAAAUGUACUGAACAUGUUGCAUUAGAUAAGGAAGUCCAAGAUCAGUGCAAGUUGGGAUCUGUGAACUCAGCCGUGAUGGUUCCAUUUAAUAAAUGGCAUUUUAGCUUGCUACAGGAGUGAUUGGAGCAAGAUAAGUUAUACAAAGUCUCACUACACACAUCUCUUCACUGUAUAAACCAGAAGGUGCUUGUCAUUUUGUGUUCUUGUCAGAAAUAUAUUCAUUGUGCAGUUGUUUCCCCAGUAAAAUAAUGUGCUCAACAAAGGGCUCCAAACCUUAGCGGAGUGGGUGGUGCAACUGUAUUUAGGAUAGUGGGGAUGUCAGUGUUAGACAGAAUUGUAGCUUGCCACUGUACCUGGAAAUAUCAAAGUUAAUUGAUAGUGUGUCAAAAUAAUUGAUAUUUCAGUGGAUGUCCCUUGUAAAUAAUUGUAUAUAAUAUAUACAUAUAUAUUUAAAGCUCUUACAGAAUAUUGAUGUGGUUACCAAAAGUUUUGCUCUCCUUAAGGUCUUUGGCACUAAAAGAAAAGACAGAGAACCUCUUGAGCUGUGGUGUGCUGGUGAUUUGGUACUGUACUUUGUAAGGUUUGGAUAAUUUCUACUGUUAUAAAUACUGCAGUUUCACACUCUAAUGUUAUUUUCACUGGCAAUUUGUAAGAAUAUAAAUAUUUUUAAUCCUAGAAGAAACCUUUAAAAAGUGUGGGCUUUCUUGUGCAAUGUUUAAGUAUUAUACUUUCUUCUUUUCUUUUUUCCACAUUGAAUAUAGCACUAAGUUGGGACUGAGCCAUUAAACUGCAAUAAACCUACAGUAGUCACAGCUGAUUAAGGUCAAUGUUCAUUUUGUGCAAAGUUAAACUUUCCCAAGCGAGUUAAUGACAGUUUUAUAUUUUAUUUGAAUUUGUUUAAUAAACUGUCUUUGUUGAUACAGGUGGAUUCUUUCUAAUUGUGUUUGAGAAUCUGGAAAGCCUUGUAUACUGUACCAAAAAGCAGAAUAUCUUAUUUAUUGUAGUGAUACCAUAUUUUGCUGUGUGAUGUUCUCCAACAUUUAAGGCAGGAUGGAUCAUUGUAGACAGAUCAAAUAAAUACAUUUUUUAUACUGUGAACUCUUAA